AUGACAUCGGUUACCACAACUCCAAAUUCAAAACAGAAGUGUUGGAUGAAUUGGCCCGUACCGGGAGUGACACUGGAAAAUUACUACGUUCAACCCAUUUGCACUCCAACGCGAGCUCAGCUUUUAACAGGAAGAUACGACAUUCACACUGGUCUUCAACAUGGCAUCGUCUGGCCUUCGCAGGCGAACGGUCUCCCGCGCAACGAAACCACAAUCGCUACGAAACUUAAACAGAGCGGUUACAAGACACACAUAGUUGGGAAGUGGCAUCUUGGCUUCUAUCGGAAAGAAUUUCUUCCUACACGAAGAGGAUUUGAUUCUUUUUACGGGUUCCUAACAGGUGGCCAAGAUUACUACACUCACAUCAACAGACUUGGCUUUCACAAGCCCGGAUACACGCAGCUUAACGGCUAUGACUUUUGGCGAGAUGAAGAGGUCGAAAAAAAUGUCAUCGGGGAAUAUACCACGUUUCUUUUUGCUGAAGAGGCUGAGAGAAUCAUAAAAAAACAUGACCCGAAAGAUCCACUGUUUCUGUUCUUAUCAUUUCAAGCACCACACAUGCCCCUGCAAGUGCCAGAUAGGUUUUUGAAAAGGUAUGCUGAGAUAAAAGAUCGCAAGCGCCGCUUAUAUGCUGCCAUGGUUUCUUGCUUGGACGAGGCAGUUGGCAAUGUCACGAGCGCGCUGAAAGGGCGCGGCUUAUGGGAAAAUACUGUGUUGAUUUUCAGCAGUGAUAACGGGGGACAGAUCUUAGCUGGAGGGAAUAACUGGCCCCUGCGUGGCUGGAAGACUUCGCUGUGGGAAGGUGGCAUACGAACAGUGGGCUUUGUGAAGAGCAAGCUAAUUAAAAACCCGCGGAGAAUUCACCGGGAGCUUAUGCAUGUGUCAGACUGGUUCCCGACGCUUGCUCAUUUGGCGGGAGCAUCAAUUGAAGGUCUUGCACUAGAUGGUGCUAAUCAAUGGACCAGUAUUAGUGAAGGAACGCUUUCUUCAAGAAACGAAAUCCUGCAUAAUAUUGACUGUCACGAUUCAACUUUGGGCGGUCCAAACGGAUGCCAUUGUCGCCAGGCCGCGCUUAGAAGGGGCGACUGGAAAUUACUGAUCGGCUGCCCGGGAAUCGGAGACUGGGUUCCAGCGGCAGAAAUGAACAAACCGACCCAGUCCUCCACUGGUUGUCAGGGUCCAAACAGUGUUUUCCUUUUCAACGUCACCGACGACCCGGAAGAAAGAAAAGACGUUUCUGAACAGCAUCCAGAUGUGGUGCGGGAUUUAUUAGAAAGGAUUGAAGUGUAUAACGCUACUGCUGUGCCCGCUCGCUUUCCAGAUCCUGAUCCCAACUCUCUUCCAGCUAAGCAUGGGGGGAUCUGGGCACCAUGGAUGUAUUGA